UAUUUUUUAUUUAGUCUGUAUAUUUGUUAGAAACAAGUCGCAUUUGUAUUAUAAAAACUAAUUGAAGCAGCCGUGAUUAAGAUUAUAAACAAUACACAACAGAACUGUUGUAAACCACAGUUGCUUCGUACACUAAAAUAACAACGUUUACCAUGAAUAUUGUAAAUCAUUGCCUAUUUUUAAUAAUAGCAGCUGUUGCGUAUGACAGCGGAUUUAACUUUAGUGGAAUAUUUCCAAAAGUCAAUAGUUACAAGCAUGGCACUGAUCCCGGCGAUCCAUUGUUUGUGACGCCUCUCCUGAAUAAUCAAUCCAUAUCCAGACAACAGGUGAGGGCUAUGGCGCGUGUUGUAGGAAAACAAUUUCUAAAAGUCGAAAGUUAUGCGGGUUACUUGACCGUGAACGAGACUUACAAUUCCUGCUUAUUUUUUUGGUAUUUUCCUGCCGAGCGUAAUGCGAGAAUUGCGCCUGUUCUGCUCUGGCUUCAAGGAGGUCCCGGUGCAUCCUCGUUAAUUGGACUCUUUAUUGAGAAUGGCCCAUUUAAGGUGAUCAGUCCAAUGAAGCUGCAGAAACGAAAAUUUAGUUGGACGAGCACACAGAAUGUGAUCUUCAUAGAUAAUCCUGUGGGCGCUGGCUUUAGCUUUGCAGAUGAUGAUCAAGGAUAUGCGCGCAACGAACGCGAUGUGGCCGAAAAUCUUUAUAAGGCAAUGGUUCAACUAUACAAAUUAUUCGACUGGAGCAGUUCGUCGGGAUUCUGGAUCACUGGCGAAUCCUAUGCAGGCAAAUACAUACCUGCGUUAGCCUUUUAUCUACAUCAGGUUCAAGCUGACCAGAAUCCCAUGUACAAUAUACCGUUGAAAGGUCUAAUCAUCGGCAAUGGUCUCUCAGAUCCUGUGCAUCAGCUCAAAUAUGGCGAUUAUCUUUAUCAACUGGGACUCAUCGAUGAUAAUGGCUUGGAGAAGUUUCAUGUUGCCGAAGCAGCUGCAGUUGAUUGUAUUCAAAGAAGGGACAUGGAAUGUGCUGCUGAUAUAUUCUACUCUCUAAUCCUGGGUUCUGCGUCAACGCCUUCGCUGUUUACGAACUUGACGGGCUUCAGUUGGUAUUACAAUUAUAUGCAAAGUCAGGACGUGGAUUUUAUUGCGAAUCUCGCCAGCUUUGUGCAGACAAAUGUCAAUCGUCGCGCCCUUCAUGUGGGCAAAAAGUCCUUUAAUGAUAUACAUAAGGUGAAGAAACUUUUGAAGAAUGAUAUGAUGGAUAGUGUGGCACCCUUGAUAGAAGAGCUGUUGAAGCAUUAUAUUGUGUGCAUAUAUGCUGGGCAACUGGACAUUAUUGUUCCCUAUCCAUUGAUAAGAAAUUUUUUGAAACAUUUGCAAUUCCCGGGCUCGGAGGAUUACAAGAAGGCAGCUCGUCGAAUUUGGAAGGUUGAUGGAGAAAUAGCUGGUUAUGUGAAGCAAGCUGGAAAUUUAAUCGAAAUACUAAUUCGGAAUGCUGGACAUAUGACGCCGUUGGAUCAGCCCAAGUGGAUGUAUGAGAUGAUUACACUCUUGACUCACUAGCCAUUAACUGAACUAUUUACACCUGGUAAAUGCCAUUUACUUGAAUCACAUUCGGAAUUACUACUUAAAUAACAAUAGAUAAGCUUUGUGUAACUCCAAAUAUUAUAUCUAAUAAAAGUCAGGAAUAUU